GUCAAGGCCAGCGUCGGAACAUUGAUGGCCGCUGCAGAACCAAAACAACUCAGCGAUAAGAGACAGGAAAAAGCUUUAAACUUCCUCUAAACACUUACAAGCUUCACUCCCGCCCCAGCUGAUGGUGAGACGAAGGUGUGACCGGCGCCCCAUAGCAGUGUGUCAUGUCUGGGAUGAUGGGCAGCGGAGGUGGAGGGGGAGCUGGGGGGCCGUUCAGACCCUCACACACCCCCCUUGUCACACCCCCAGCACCGUGCCACCCCCCUACAGACCGACUUUUGGAUGGAAUUAUUCGCCAAAUAUUCGUGAGGACUUGCAGAGGUACCAAGGAGGACACCCGGAUGGACAGUGCCUGGAUGGGAUCACCAGCCACCUCCCAGACUAUGGCAGUGUGCAGUGUCUUCUCAGUGUGGUGCUGGAGGACAGGGCACGGCAUCCCCACCAAACCUCUCUGGUGCCGCCGUGGCCAGGGGACGGGCGGCUGGGUCCGGCCGUCACACACUUUGACAACAAGAGUGUGGUUGGCAGCUUCAGCUUUGGCCAGGACAAACUAGUGCUCAACUCACAAGACAACUUCUCCACCAUCAGAGGCAAUACUUGUGUCUAUAAAGGGCGGUGGCAGUAUGAGCUAAUGCUGGGCACCAAGGGGGUCAUGCAGGUGGGCUGGGCCACGCUGGGAUGCAAGUUUUCAGAGGAGAAGGGAGUUGGCGACACCCCGGACUCCUACGCCUACGAUGGCAACAGGCAGCGUAAAUGGAACGUUGCCACUUACAAGUACGGGGCGAUGUGGCAGAGUGGCGACAUCAUUUCCUGCACUCUGGACCUGGAGGAGGGGAAGGUGGAGUUCUUCAGGAAUGGGAAGUCUUUAGGUCCAGCCUUCACCACAGUCAAGACAGGCCCUGGGUUGGCUUACUUUCCCGCUGUUUCCUUGGCCAUUGGGGAGAGUUUGGCCGCUAACUUCGGAGCAACCCCCUUCAGGUAUCCCCAGGAAGGGUUUGCCCCCCUCCAGGCACCCCCCACGCAGGAUUUGAUAAGGGCGGAUUCCUGCGUGAACUGGCUAGGUCGUCUGGUGCACCUCAGCCGGAACUGGCCACAGAGUGAGGACAUGGCAUUGAACAACCGCCACCGCACCUGCCUGCUGAUCGUGGUGCAGCACAUCGCGGCGCACCUCGGCCCCCUCCUGGCCCGGCCCUACGUGGUGGAGGCCUGCCUGGUGCCCGCCCUGGCCCGCAUCGCACAGGUCACCCUCGACCAGCCCAGCCCAACCCUGGCGCUUGAACCUGUACACACACUCAUUGACUUCCUUAUUGCUGCCCUCGAGAACCACGAGCUACACAGGUGCCUGGAGAACCUGGUGGUGUGUCUGCUGACGGGACACAAGCAGGCAGCGGAGGACAUCAAGUUCCGGGGUCAGAAAUACAACCUUCAUCUCCUGUACACCCUGCUGUCACACCCCAGGCUCAGGAAGAUCUGCCUCACUCACAUACUCUUCGAUAAAGUGCAGUUUCCGAGCUUCGUGAACAUCAAGGCGGUGGAUGAGGAAGGGCUGGGUGUGGUGGUGGGGUCAGUGUGGUGGGCCUCCAAGGACGGUGCGGUGAACAGUGGUGGUGACAGGAUGGCUUACGAGGCUUCCUGUAGGAUCAUACUCAAGGCUGUGCAAGAGGUGGAGGAGAUUCAAGUGUCCAUCCUGCGCCUGCUCCUGUGUGCCACCGACGCCCCACACUUUGAGGACACCAGCCGGGCUCUCUUCCUGGCCAAGUUCAGGACCUUCUUGAGGGAACACGCGCCGGGAUCCAGAGUAAGAGUCCCCAUCCUGCGGCAUACCCCACUUCCUGUGAUCCUGUGUCUGUUCCACCGGCUCCUGACAAUCUUCGAGGAGCUUUGGAGGAAGGAAGAAGCACCAGGAGCCCCAUCUUGCAUUCCCCCUCGGCUGUUCUAUGAUGGAGCACUUCACUAUUUUGACACUCACCGGCUGGGAGGACUGGAGUCACAUCUGCUCAAGACAUUUAAGAAGGAAUUAAAUAAAGCUCUCCCUGCCACACACUCUACCGAUGAGAAGGUCCUUCUGAAGAUCAACAACGCCACAGCAGGAGCCAACAGUGUCACCUCCAUGGAACUUGGACCCAGCCAGCCCUCCACCUCAGGCGCCCUCCUUAACACACACAGUCUGGCCAGCGACCCCACACUGAAAGAUCUUCGCCACUUAUCGGUCACUGUGGAAAGCGAGGACAAGCUGGGGCGAGGCAGCGGGUUGGGGCGGGGCCGAGACUCCCUCCUGCACCUCCUGGAUGGCAUUGUGUUGCUGUACCACAUCGGGGCACACAAGCAGCUAGGGAAGGUCGCAGCUCAGAGGGACUCAAUGCUGGACAAUGUGGCUCAUGUUGCUGAUAUUGAUAGGAAGAUUGAGUACUGUAAGAAGAAGGGCGGCAAUCCUGCACUGUUUGAGGAGCUGGCGGCAUCUCGGAAGGUGUUUGUGGACAAGCUGGAGGAACAAGGGAGGCAGCAGGCAUGGGUGUUAGCUGCCAUUCACUCCUCACAGAAGUUUGCUCACCUAACUAAACUGAUGCGCAUUAUUCUCGAGACCCUCAAGGCUGCAUCAAGAGAGGGAGAACUGUUUGCCUUCGUUCCAGAUUUCUACGUUGAAAGUCUCACCGAACUCUGCACUGCCAUGAGACUCUACUUCAACACCCCCCCGCAGAGCACUGACUCCACACAGGCACUAUUAACAGACGUUGGCGAGUUUUUAGCGCUCCACUUCUGCGACUCCAGAAUUGUAUACGCUGACAGCAAGGACUCUCUCAUACAAGCUUUGGCAGGGUUUGUGUGCCACCCACCCACCCUCAAGGCUCUGGAGGCCAUGCCGGAGGAGAGCCGGCGACAGAUGGUGCGGAACCUUCUCCAACCUUACGAGAAUCGGGCAUGGGCUCAGAACAAUUGGAUCCUAGUGAGGUUCUGGAAAGGGUGUGGGUUUGGCUUCCGGUACACCAAAAGCCCUCACCUCACUAACAAAUUUGGACCAAAGCCUCCAAAUUCCGAUAACUCAAACUUCACUCAAGCUACUGCCCCCUGCCCCUCCCCGACAUUCCAGCGGUAUGUAGUGGAGGUUCUGGAAAGCUCUACGGAAAUUUCCACUCCCUUCCUCAAUUCCCUGCUGAACCAACUCAACUGGGCCUUCUCGGAGUUCAUCGGAAUGCUGCAGGAGAUUCAAAACGCAUCUAACCGUCCAGAGAGAGUGUUCAUUGACUCUCGGCAGCUCCGUAUCUGUGCCACCUGCUUUGACCUGGCACUGGCACUAUUGAGGGUGCUGGAAAUGAUCGUCAACACAGCGCCACAGCUUUUUACAGACUUCACUAGACCCAAUGCUGAAUUCUUGCUGUCGAGGCUGUGUCAGCUCCUCUGCCAGGUUCUGAAUCGUGUGAGUGGCUGGUCGGGCUGUUUUGGUCACGUCGUUGGUCUUGAGAUUCCUGGACUGGAGACAAUUCACCACUACCCAAUACUGACAGCUGUGACUGGUAUCCUGGUCACUUUGAUACGGCACGACCUUGUACAGGCCUCCUCUAAGGGACAAGUUGCCACCAGAACACUAUUGAAUGAGCCAAGUUUUCAGCUAAGUUCAAUAUACCAACUUCUCGGAGACACAGAAAAUGGCGAUGGUGGUUGCAGUGGUGGUGGUGGUGCAGUGUGGGGCGCCCAGAACACCAUGGCCACCUCCCCCACCUCCUCCCCGUCCCGUGUCACUAGUGGCGGUGGUGGUGGUGGUAACAACGCAGCGACAAUAAAUAAGUUUUCGCUGAAGAAAUACCCGGAUCACAUCAACAGCUCGGAGAUAACCCAGGUGGAGCGGGUCAUGGGUCACCUAGAGGCGUGUGUCAAGCUGAAGGGGGAGAAGAGCCCUGGGGAAGAUGAAGACUCUCUAUGCACCAUCUGUUAUGCGUAUCCUGCCUCGGCCGCCUUCAGACCCUGCUCUCACUCCUCCUGCAGGGCUUGCGUCACCCAGCAUUUGAUGAACCGAACUGACUGUUUCUUCUGCAAAGCCACAAUACAAGAGGUGGUGGAUCAGACGACAGGGACAGUGGUCUACCAAGCCACUACCCUCAACAAGGACAGCCCCCUCAAGACCUAAAGCCACCCUAAGCCAGCCCUAAGCCACCUCCAAGCCAGCCCCACAGCCACCAGAACCUCGAAUAGCUUAAAAAAUUUACCUUGUUAUCUAUAUUUUUUUCUAAGCCAGUCGUAAAGUGAGUUUCAAGCCACUUUCGGUAAGGAUGCUGGCUUAGAACCAUACUUAAUCCAGCCAGUCUCAAAGGAUGCCCCCUUUCAAAGCCAGUUCUGUCUCAUUCUAAGCCAGUUUUAAGUUUUGGGUGAGGGAACUGGCUUAAAACUUCACCUAAUCCAGCCACUUUGAUUAUACUAAGCCAGUCUCAAAUGGAAGCCCUCUCAAAGCCAGUCCUACCCUACUCUAAGCCAUGUUCAGCAAGGAAACUGGCUUAGAACCUUACCUAAGCCAGCAAGUCUCAAAUUUAAGCCCCCUUAUAGCCAGUUCUGUUCCACACUAAGCCAGUUUUAUAGCAAGGGAAUAAUUUUAAACCCCACAUCUAAACCACCCAACCCAAUGCCACUAAGCCAGUUUUAUGGCAAUGACACCCUUCUGAACCCAGCUGGACUCAGUACUAAGCCAGUUUAAGCCAGGGAAAUUCAUCUUGCAGCCAUACCCAGUUCAGCCAGUCCUUUCCUUUACUAAGCCAGGUUAAGCCACCACUGUAAAACUGUAAAACGAAGCCUGUCUCAGUAAGCCAGUUUAAGCCAGUGUGAGAGAUCAAAGGUUACUUAGAAAUGUGAUAUAGCCAGUCUUAUAACCCAGAGUAAGCCAGUUUGAGGAAAGCAGUGAAAAAGCCAGACUAAACCACAUAAGCCAGUUGAGGCAGUAAAAUAAGCUAACUUUCUCUCCAGAUAAGCCAGGAAAACCACUUUUUUUUUUACCCUUGAAUUAAUUUUUACAUUAAGCCACUAAGCCAGUUGAGACAAGAAAACCCCUCUUUGUUGGCCUCUUAUCUAACUUUCUCACUAAGCCACUAAGCCAGUUGAGACAAGGAACCCCCUUUUUAACCUAACUUAACCGUGUGCUAAGCCAGAGUAGGGAAGGAGCAGCAGUGUGAAGGCCCAACCAAGCCAGCCUUAAGCCAGUGUAUGUCCCCAAGCCUGUACCUUGAGCCUGUCUGUCUUAACCUAACCUGAGAGAGAGAGAGAGAGAGAGAGAGAGGAGGAGGA